AAGGGGAUGAACAAUCAGUACGUCCGCCGGGAAGUCUUCUGCGGAAACACCUGCCACGAGCUCAAGCGUUUCUGGGAACGGGAGAUCGGCAAGCAGACCUACUACCGACAGUCGGAGGAAUAUCGCCUGGGAAAAAGCGCCCUGAGAAAGCUCAGAGAAGGAUGGAGGCAGAGACUGGAAGCAAAGCUGAGACUUCAGAACAGCCCAGAUGAGACCAAAAAGCGGGCAAACGCUGGCCGGGAGCAUCUCGCUUCGCUGACCCAAGAGGAUUCAAAGCACUGAGGUCACUGCGCCGGGAGCAGUCCAUGCAAAUGGCCGAGUCCCUGAGCUAUGCCGCACAGAUGUCACACUGCCCCCGACCCGUGACGGAUCUACCCGCGCGUCCUCCCGGGUGCCAACUGGGAAUUAUCAGCCAAGUCGGUCCCCUCCACGUGGGGGCCGGCAUAUUAUCCCAAGUGUCCCUAAAGAUGAGGUUAUUUAAUACCAGAGUUCCACGCAGCAUGCUUCAUUUCCGUAUCGUUACCUUCCGA